AUGCUGCCCACGGCUAUCAAUACGCCGACAUCAAGUGGCCCGGCUUUGUGGGAUCCGUCCACAGGGCCGACGUGUGAUGAUAUCGAUCAAACAACGGCACCGGACUGCUGGCUCGCAUCAGUGAUGUGCUCCCUAGCCAAAUGCAACGCCGGCUUCAUCAAAGACCUCUUCACCCACCAAACCAGGGCCGGCAAUCCCCAAACAAGCCUUUCCGUCGUGGCCGUGACGGCCAAAGUGUGGGACCCUGAUACGUUGGAAGAAGAGGAUCAGGACGUGACGUUGAGUGAUACGGGGAAUGGGGAGGGGAAUGAUGAUGCCAGUAUCUAUGUGUGGCAAGUCUACCGUCUGCUGUGGCCGAGUGCCCUGCAAGCUGCCGUCAAGAAACACGGCGGAUCCGGUAUAACCGACGGCAAAUUCGACGACGAUGGAGGCUUCGCCUAUAAAGCAUUAUCAUACUUGACUGGAUUGGAGGCUGUUGCCGAGAUGGACGAUUCGAAAUGGUGGGACAUGCUGGUAAGCCACGUCGAUACAAGUCCGAUGACUGUUUGUACCAAUUCCGACACGAGUAAACUUGUUGAUUCCCACUGUUAUACGGCGAUGACUGUGGUGGAGGACGGGGAUACGGAUGACAAGCGAAAAGUCCGACUGCGUAAUCCUUGGGGCGAUACCCAGAAUUACAAGAUGAGCAAGAUCAAAGACGACAUUCAGUACGUCGCCCAUCUCAAAAAUUGGGACGCCUAUUUAGGAUGA